AUGUCCUUCGCCUGCUCCAAUAGCCAGGGAGGUCACUUUCAUCUCUCAACGUUUCAGCCCAUGCCCCACCACACUUCUCAGCCAAGUCUUUGGAGCGGCGGGGAGAAAUCGAGGCUCAGUAUCGCGUCUUCAUAUGCCUUAUGUUUCACAUACGUUAUCAACAGAUCCGUCAUACCUCUAUUCUUGACCGUCGAGCAAGAGGCUCAAGACGUUGUAAAGGAUGUACGAGUCGAGGAUCCUGAAGAAAACAAGACCCAUCAAUCUCGGUUUGCACACGCUUCCUGGGCGGACGUUCCAACAAUCUCCGCGCACCAAAAAGGACUCAUCCAGGUUCGGGUUCAUCUUCACGUUGAAUUGAUUUCAUCGACAUCCUUGGACUCGGACCCAUUGUAUGCGACGCCGAUAGCAUCGUAUGAGGCUGGGAGAAAGGGGUUUGAUAAAUUUGAGGAUUUCGAUGGCCAGGUUUUGAAUACGGAGGUGGAUAUGGUGGAUAGUGGCGGCAGAACCGACUUACAUCCAGCCCAAAACAUUUACCCCGAUGCAGACUCAAACACAAAAUACGAUCCCUACCUCUGUUUCCAAUCCUCAUACUGA